CUCAGAUCUCAGCCUCCUGAGUAGCUAAGAGUAGAGGCCUGAGCCACCACCACCAGUCUGUUUUGUGUCUGAUUGUGUUGGAUUGCUUUGUGGGGAAGAAAAAGUAAUAAGAGAAGGCAGGAAGAGCUGAUUUUUCCUCCAUGUCUCCUUUAAGAAGGCAUCCUGCUAACGCCCCUGGGGAAAGAGACAAAGGAGAAGAGAAGGACAGAUUGGGAGGGGAAGCUCUGGCUAAACCCUGGGGGGGUUCUCUCUACCAGUGUUCUUAGAGGGGCUUGCCUGGAGUUUGUUCCCUCCAUGAAAAUCGGUUUCCCUCCCCCCCCCCCCCAUUAAGACUCCGGCAAGCUGGCUGAGGAGGGUCUUCAACUACAACCUGGGGUUCUGGAUAGCAUAGAGCAGAAAGCACAGGUAGAAGCAAAGGUAGGGUUGCUUGUACGAGUGCCGGGACUGGCGUGGUGUGGUUGCCCUACUGUGGCAAGAGAUGGGGGCGCCAUCCCCCCGAGCUCCUGAGCUGCCUCUACUUUUCCUUGAAUGAUCGUGCUAAGACCCAGCGGCGCCCCCUCCUCCACCUGCUCUCCCCCCACCUCACCCGAUAUACAUCGUGUCCCCAGGAGCCCUGGAGGCCUGGCACCAUGAACACCCUCGGCAGAAGCCAGGGAAGCCCUGGAUGCAAGGCCCAGGCUGUCGUGCAGAAAGGACCCCUGGAUCUGAUUGAGACGGGCAAAGGGCUGAAAGUGCAGACAGACAAACCCCAUCUGGUGAGCUUGGGCAGCGGGAGACUGAGCACGGCCAUCACCCUGCUGCCGCUGGAGGAAGGGCGGACAGUGAUUGGCUCUGCAGCCCGGGAUAUCUCACUACAGGGCCCCGGCCUGGCUCCAGAGCACUGUUACAUCGAGAACGUGCGGGGCACCCUCACCCUCUACCCUUGUGGCAACGUGUGCACUAUUGACGGUCUUCCUGCCAGGCAGCCUACCCGGCUGACUCAGGGCUGCAUGUUGUGCCUGGGUCAGUCCACCUUCCUCCGCUUCAACCACCCAGCGGAAGCCAAGUGGAUGAAGAGCAUGAUUCCGGCAGGGGGCCGGGCCCCCGGGCCCCCCUACAGCCCUGGCUCCGAAUCGGAAAGCCUGGUGAACGGCAACCACGCGCCCCAGCCCGCCCCCCGGGGGCCCUCCGCCUGUGCCAGUGCCAGCCACAGCUCUCUGGUGAGUUCCAUCGAGAAGGACCUGCAGGAAAUCAUGGACUCGCUGGUGCUAGAGGAGCCGGGGGCAGCCAGCAAGAAGCCCGCGGCAACCUCUCCCCUGUCCCCGGUGGCCAACGGCGGCGGCCGCUACCUGCUGUCACCCCCCACCAGCCCCGGCGCCAUGUCCGUGGGCUCCAGCUAUGAGAACACCUCGCCAGCCUUCUCUCCGCUCUCCUCCCCCGCCAGCAGCGGGAGCUGCGCCAGCCACUCGCCCGGCGGGCAGGACCCGGGGCCGCCCGUGCCCCCGCUCGUGCCAGCCCGCUCCUCCAGCUACCACGUGGCCCUGCAGCCCCCGCAGCCCCGCCCGGGGGGUGCCCGCUCCUCGGACAGCCCCCGUCUGGGCAGGAAGGGGGGUCACGAGCGGCCCCCCAGCCCCGGUCUCCGGGGUCUGCUGACGGACAGUCCCGCAGCCACGGUCUUGGCGGAGGCCCGGAGAGCCACGGAGAGCCCCCGGCUGGGCGGGCAGCUGCCCGUGGUAGCCAUCAGCCUGAGCGAAUACCCAGCUCCCCGCGGCCAACCCGCCAGCACUCCCGGAAGCCCCAAGUUCCAGGCCCCGGUCCCCGCGCCUCGCAGCAAGAUCGCCGCCCUCCAGGACCGGCCUCCCAGCCCCUUCCGGGAGCCCCCGGGCGGCGGCGCGGAGCGGGGCCCGACCGCCAGCCCUUCUCGCGCGCUCGUGGGCCGGACCUUCUCCGACGGCUCGGCCCCCCGCACGCUGCAGCCCCCCGAGAGCCCCCGCCUCGGCCGGCGGGGUCUGGACAGCAUGCGAGAACUGCCCCCCUUGAGCCCCUCGCUCUCUCGCCGAGCUCUCUCCCCCCUCCCUGCCCGGACCACCCCGGAUGCCAAGCUAAGCAGGGAAGUGGCGGAGAGUCCACGGCCCCGGCGCUGGGCAGCCCAUGGGGCUUCGCCCGAGGACUUCUCUCUGACUCUGGGGGCACGGGGCCGCAGGACACGGAGCCCCUCGCCCACCUUGGGGGAGUCCCUGGCACCCCUCAAGGGCAGCUUCAGUGGCAGGCUGAGUCCAGCCUACAGCCUGGGCUCCCUUCCUGGAGCUUCGCCCCGGCAGAGCCCCCGUGCCCAAAGGAAGCUCUCCAGCGGGGACUUGCGGGUGCCCGUCACUCGGGAGAGGAAGAACAGCAUCACUGAGAUCAGCGACAACGAGGACGACCUGCUGGAGUACCACCGGCGCCAGCGCCAGGAGCGGCUGCGGGAGCAGGAGAUGGAGAGGCUGGAACGCCAGCGUCUAGAGACCAUCUUGAACCUGUGUGCUGAGUACAGCCGGGCUGACGGGGGUCCUGAGGCCGGGGAGCUGCCCAGCAUUGGAGAGGCUACCGCAGCCUUGGCGCUGGCAGGCCGGAGGCCCUCACGAGGCCUGGCAGGGGCCAUUGUAGCCUCUGGGCGGAGUGCUGAGGAGCCCGGAGGUGCUGCCCAGCGCCUGUGGGAGAGUCUGGAGCGCUCGGAUGAGGAGAACCUCAAAGAGGAGUGCAGCAGCACCGAGAGCACCCAGCAGGAGCACGAAGAUGCACCUAGCACGAAGCUCCAAGGAGAGGUGCUGGCCCUGGAAGAAGAGCGGGCUCGGGUGUUGGGGCACGUGGAGCAGCUCAAGGUCCGCGUGAAGGAGCUGGAGCAGCAGCUGCAGGAGGCGGCUCGCGAGGCGGAAAUGGAGCGGGCUCUGCUGCAAGGGGAGAGGGAGGCAGAGCGGACCCUGCUGCAGAAGGAGCAGAAGGCGGUGGAACAGCUGCAGGAGAAGCUGGUGGCCCUGGAGACGGGCGUCCAGAAGGAGAGGGACAAGGAGGCCGAGGCCCUGGAGACGGAGACCAAGCUCUUCGAGGACCUGGAGUUCCAGCAGCUGGAGCGGCAGAGCCGCGCCGAGGAGGAGCGCGAGCUGGCCGGCCAGGGCCUGCUGCGGAGCGAGGCCGAGCUGCUGCGCAGCAUCGCCAAGCGCAAGGAGCACCUGGCCGUCCUGGACAGUCAGGCCGGGCAGAUCCGGGCACAGGCGGUGCAGGAGUCGGAACGCUUGGCUCGCGACAAGAAUGCCACCCUGCAGCUGCUGCAGAAGGAGAAGGAGAAAUUGGCGGUGCUGGAAAGGAAAUACUACUCGCUCACGGGAGGCAGGCCUUUCCCGAAGACCACCUCCACCCUCAAAGAGAUGGAGAAGCUGCUGCUCCCUGCUGUAGACUUAGAGCAGUGGUACCAGGAGCUGAUGGCCGGGCUGAGGACGGGCGCUGCCGCCGCCUCCCCUCGCUCUUCCCCCCCACCUCUGCCCGCCAAAGCUUUCCGCCAGCUUCAGGUCUACCGCUCCAAGAUGGAUGCUGAGCUCACCAGCCCCUUGCCCCGCACCCGAAGCGGCCCCCUGCCUUCUUCCUCCGGCUCCUCCUCCUCCUCCUCCCAGCUCAGCGUGGCCACCCUGGGCCGCAGCCCCUCCCCGAAGAGCGCUCUGCUCGCGCAGAACGGCACGGGCAGCCUCCCUCGCAACCUGGCGGCCACGCUGCAGGACAUCGAGACCAAGCGCCAGCUGGCCUUGCAGCAGAAGGGGCAGCAGGUGAUCGAGGAGCAGCGCCGCCGGCUGGCCGAGCUGAAGCAGAAGGCGGCGGCGGAGGCGCAGUGCCAGUGGGACGCCCUGCGCGGGGGGGCGGGGGCCCCCUUCCCGCCCGGCGUGCACCACUCCAUCCUGCACCACCUGCCGGCCGCGGGGCGGGAGCGCGGCGAGGACGAGCACGCCUACGACACGCUGAGCCUGGAGAGCUCCGACAGCAUGGAGACCAGCGUCUCCACGGGGGGCAACUCGGCCUGCUCCCCCGACACCAUGUCCAGCACCAGCGGCCUGGACUUGGGCAAGAUCGAAGAGAUGGAGAAGAUGCUGAGGGAGGCCCACACGGAGAAGAGCCGGCUCAUGGAGUCCAGGGAGCGGGAGGCCGAGCAGCGGCGGCAGGCCCUGGAGGAGGAGCGGCGCCGGCGCGAGCAGGUGGAGCGCAGGCUGCAGAGCGAGAGCGCCCGGAGGCAGCAGCUGGUCGAGAAGGAGGUCAAGUUGCGGGAGAAGCAGUUUUCCCAGGCCCGACCCCUGACCCGCUACCUGCCAAUCCGGAAGGAGGACUUUGACCUGAAGACCCACAUUGAGUCGUCAGGCCACGGAGUGGACACGUGUCUGCAUGUGGUGCUCAGCAGCAAGGUCUGCCGUGGCUACUUGGUCAAGAUGGGCGGCAAGAUUAAGUCGUGGAAGAAGCGCUGGUUUGUGUUUGACCGGCUCAAGCGCACCCUCUCCUACUACGUGGACAAGCACGAGACGAAACUGAAGGGGGUCAUCUACUUCCAGGCCAUCGAGGAGGUGUACUACGACCACCUGCGCAGCGCGGCCAAGAAGAGGCUUUUCCGCUUCACUAUGGUGACCGAGAGCCCAAACCCAGCCCUCACCUUCUGCGUGAAGACCCACGACCGGCUCUACUACAUGGUGGCCCCCUCGGCCGAGGCCAUGCGCAUCUGGAUGGACGUCAUCGUCACGGGCGCCGAGGGCUACACUCAGUUCAUGAACUGACCCGCCGGGCCUUCCGGACCCCCCGAGAUGCCAACCUCCACCAGGCGCCGCCCGGGCCCCCCGCCCCCAGCAGCGUCGCGUCAGCGGCUCGGGGCUGCGAGGUUCUGGGUUCCAGCGCUGAAGAACCAGCCAGAGAGGAGCGGUCGGGAAGGGGCUUCGCCGCCCCCGGGAGCCCACGCGUCCACGGUCCCCCCGGGGCCCGCUGACCACCUCGAACCCGGCACCUGCUCCCCCCAGCCCGUUUUCUCUGACAAAUUAUGGUACCAGAAUCUGCCAAAGAUCCCCUCCCACCUCAGCCCCUCCUCAGGGGCUCCGGGGGCUGAGAGCCGCGCCCCGCGUGGCCGUCCUACGUGGCCGCCCCGCGUGGCCCCCGUCUCCUCCAGUCACACUCCAGUACUUGGCUCAAGGCUGGAGAGCCCUCGUGUCAGCUCACCUCGAGGCCCCGUCCCGCCCCGCGAGGCGGACCCGUGGCCCUGGCCUCCUCCCCGUGGAGACCGCCUCACUGCCACGGGCGCGGCUGCCCGCCGCCGCCGCCACUUCGGCUGUGGGCACGUGAGGGUACGCGCCGCCAUCUCUCCAGCCCAGCCUUCUGGGCAUCUCCGUGGGGGAGGGGGCUGGACACCUCCCCGCCCCUCCCCGGGUCCCCCAGCCCGGUCCUCUCCCUCCCACUCGUGCCUUUGCUUAGAGCCAGAAGGGAUGGCACCGAUGCAGACGGGAGAGGAAGCCAGGACGCCGUCCUCUCCUCCCACGCGGAUGCCCGGCAGGGAAGGGGGUGCUGGGGUCCCACGGAGGAUGGCGGGGGGGAGGGGCUGGGCUGGGCCAGCCUCCAGAACGGGGUAGAGAGGAGAGGGGAGGACCAGGCCUCCAGCUGAUGGGCCUCAGCCCUUCACGCCUUAACACUAAGCCACCUCCCCCCCCUGCUCCCAGCACUGGACCCUCGCUGGGGGGGGAGUUGCAGUAUUUUUAAGCAUUUCAGCAGAACAAUAAAAAACAUUUGGACUAUG